AUGAAAGGUUUCGCUGUUUUAGUUCCUGCUUUUUUGUUGUUCUCCUUCUCGCGUGCAGCAUCUGAAGGGGUCAAAGAGACCAGUGCUUCGCUUGGUGUCCCAAGCAAAAUGACCGCCUCUCCCAUUGCGCACCGACCUGACUAUCAUGAAUCUGGCAAACCGGUGGUUUUGGCCGCCUCUGACUCUUUGGACCAGACUGUCCUUCAGGAUGUAACUGGUGAUGUUCUCGGUUUCCUGCAGAAUUUAGGUGACCAAACCAAGGCUACCAUGGGAAAGCUCUCUGAUGGUCUUCAGUAUGCCGCCGGGUAUGCUAGUGGUGUUCUGGAUGAUCUUCUUCAUGGACGACCCAGUAGUGUGUCUAAUGUUGCCUGGAUUGGUCCUUUGAGCAAUAUUGUUACUGCCGGUUCCAACUUAAUGACGAAAGCUCUCUCUCAGUCCAAUGACCCGUCGGCUUUGAUCACCGCUGAACAAGUCUAUAUGCUGACUUUUAAUUUAAACAAGUUCCAGUCGCUGGCUGCAUCGUUUGGUGUUAACCCUGAUGGCUUGAAUAAAGCUAUUGCUGAUCUUUCUGAUUUCGCUCAUAACCACCUUCAUCGUCGUGAUCCCCUUUUCGUGGAUAUUGAUUCAGUAGUUGUGGGUCAUUUCAAGCCACCUAAUGCCUAA